GCCGGAGGCCGUACCCUCCCGGUGCCUGGGGGCCGUGCCCCCUUCUGCAGCACCCCCGUGGGCGCGGACGGGGCGGAGAGAAACCCGACCCCAGCCGCUUGGGAAGGGAGAGGGGCUGCUGCUGCGCGGGAGGAGGCGGCAGCGCGGCCGAGCGACUCCCCCACCCGCAGGGGACACCCCCACCCCAGGCUGCCUGGAGGCCGCCUGGCCCGGCCUGGCCCACCGGUAGCAGGGGCGGCGCAGGGCGCGGGCUGCCGCCGUCCCAGGGCAGGGCAGGGGCGGGGGUGCGGCGCUGCCCUCUCGCCGAGCGGGAGAGCGGAGCGAGGCGGGAAGCCGGCGCUGGUCGCCCGUCUGCCUCCGGCCGGCCGGAGCCAUGCGGAGCUGUGGGAGGGCGAGGGGGGCUGUGGACUGGGCCGCCCCGCUGCUCCUGCUGUGGCAGUGCCUGCCGACGGCGCGGCCCUACAACCUGGACACCCAGCACCCGCUGCUCUUCCGAGGGGGCAACGGGACCCUCUUCGGGUACUCAGUUCUCCUGCACCGCCACGGCGAGGAGAGAUGGCUCGUGGUGGGCGCCCCCCGGGCUAGCUGGCCCGCCAACACCUCGGUGACCAACCCCGGGGCCAUUUUCCGGUGCCGGAUCGGGAAGAACCCCCGCGGGUGGUGUGAGCAGCUCCAGCUGGGCAACCCCAAAGGAGAGCACUGUGGGAAGACUUGUUUGGAAGAGCGUGAUAAUCAGUGGCUGGGUGUCAGCUUAUCGAGGCAGCCAAAAGAAAAUGGAUCUAUCGUUGCUUGUGGACAUAGAUGGAAAAAUAUCUUUUACAUAAAAAAUGAACACAAACUCCCAUAUGGUAUUUGUUUUGCUGUCUCUUCUGAUUUUCGAACUGAACUGAGCAGAAGAAUAUGCCCAUGUUAUAUAGAUCAUGUACGAAAGUUUGGAGAAAACCAUGGGUCAUGCCAGGCUGGAAUGUCUAGUUUUUACAUUGAGGACUUAAUUAUAAUGGGAGCCCCUGGAUCAUUUUACUGGACUGGUUCUGUUUUUGUGUACAAUACAACUGCAAAUACAAUCCAUGCUUAUACUGAUUCAAAUAACCAAGUGAAAUUUGGCAGUUAUCUAGGAUACUCUGUUGGAGCUGGACAUUUUCUGACAUCAGCCAGUACAGAAGUAAUUGGAGGGGCUCCCCAACAGGAACAGACUGGUAAAGCAUACAUUUUUAGCAUUGAGAAGCAACUAAAUAUUCUAUUUGAAUUAAGGGGUAAAAAGCUUGGUUCUUACUUUGGAGCUGCAGUUUGUGCUGUGGACCUGAAUUCAGAUGGCCUCUCAGACUUGCUAGUUGGUGCUCCAAUGCAAAGUACCAUCAGAGAAGAAGGAAGAGUUUAUGUCUAUAUCAAUUCCGGUUCUGAGGCAAAGAUGGUCGAACUGAACAUAGAGCUCAGUGGGAGUGACUCGUAUGCAGCCAGGUUUGGAGAGUCCAUAGCCAAUCUAGGAGACAUUGAUAAUGAUGGUUUUGAAGAUGUAGCAAUUGGGGCUCCACAAGAAGAUAAUCUAAAAGGGGUUAUAUAUAUAUACAAUGGCAGGGAAGAUGGAAUAACGCCAUCAUUUACACAGAGAAUACAAGGACAUCAAGUCAGUAAUUCUUUAAGCAUGUUUGGACAAUCCAUAGCAAGUGGCAUUGAUGCAGAUAACAAUGGUUAUCAAGAUGUAGCAGUUGGUGCAUUUCUCUCUGAUUCUGCCGUGGUGCUGAGAACAAAACCGGUGAUAAUAGUUGAAGCAUCUUUAAAACAUCCUAAUUCAAUAAAUCGAACUAAUUUAAACUGUGUGGAAAAUGACCAGCCUGCCAUCUGUAUGAAUUUGAAGAUAUGCUUUACCUAUACAGGACGAGAGGUACCUGGUUAUAUUGUACUGCUUUAUAAUCUGAGUGUUGACGUGAACAGAAAAGUGGAUACACAAGCAAGAUUUUAUUUUUCCUCCAAUGGAACAUCUGAUACCAUCUCAGGAAAUAUAAAGAUUUACAGCAAGACUCUUUCCUGCAAAGAGCAUCCAGCAUUUCUGAGGAAAGAUGUAAGGGAUAUCUUGACUCCUGUACAUGUUGAAGCAAGUUAUCAUCUGGGGCAUCAUAUUCUACAGAAAAGAAACGCUCAAGAAUUUUCACCACUUCAACCUGUUCUUCAACAGAGGAAAGAAAAAGAUGUUAUAAAAAGCAAGUUUGUCUUUGCAAGAUUUUGCUCCCAGGAAAAUUGUUCUGCUGACUUGAGAGUUUCUGGAAAAGUUGCUUUUCCAAAGCCUCAUGAUAAGAAAACGUAUCUCGCUGUUGGAAGUAUGAAGACUUUAUUGUUGAACAUUUCUCUGCUUAAUGUUGGAGAUGAUGCAUAUGAAACUGUCCUCCACUUUCAGAUCCCUAAAGGUCUUUAUUUCAUCCGGGUUUUAGAAUUGGAAGAAAAACAGAUACAUUGUGAAGUAUUAGAUGAUAAAGAAAUUCAUGCAGUGAAACUUGAGUGCAGCGUUGGUUAUUUAUAUGUAGAUCACAAAUCAAAGCUGGAUUUUAGUUUCCUCUUGGAUGCAAGCUCACUUACCAAAGCAGAAGAUGAACUCAACAUCCCCGUUAAUGCUACCUGUAAAAAUGAAGAUGGGACUAUGUUGCUGGAUAACACACAAACUUUAGCUGUACCUCUAAAAUAUGAGAUUGAAUUAAAUGCUCAUGGGUUUGUAUCACCAGCUUCAUUUGUUUAUGGAACAAAUGAGAAAGAUUCACCAGUUACGUGUAUGAAGGAGAGUAUCAACUUCACUUUCCAUGUUAUCAGUGCAGGACCAAGCAUGGCUCCAAAUACAAACUUAGAGAUAAUGAUACCUAAUGCUUUUCCGCCCGACGACUCCAAAUUAUUCAACAUAUUGGAUAUCAAGACAACAGUUGGACAGUGCUCCUAUAAUCAAUAUCCCAGAAACUGUAGUGCAGCAGAAAAAAAUGAAAACAUAUUAAAGGAUCUUGUCACUUUCUUUUCAAAGCCUGCUAAGAGACAAAUGUACUGCAUGAAAAAUGACAGCCUUUGCUUGCAAAUACAUUGCAAGCUUGGAAACCUUGAAAGUGGAAAAGAAGCAACCGUUCAGUUGCAUCUGGAGGCUACUCCUUCACUUUUAGAAAUGGAUGAUGCAUCAGUAUUGAAGUUUGAAGUAAGAGCAACAGCCUCACCAGAAAAAAAUGCAAAAGUUAUUGAACUACAUAAGGACAAGCAAGUUGCAUAUGUCUAUUUGGAAGGAGUGCACCACCAAAAGCCAAAAUACCGCGUUACUGUGCUAAUUAUUGGAAUAGGCUUAAUAGUUGGUGUUACCUUGUUUUUGCUUCUUUCAUUUAUAUUAUGGAAGAUUGGCUUUUUCAAAAGGCAAUACAAACCAGUCCCUCAAGACAAGAACAAAAGAGACAGCUGGAGUUUUACAAAUGGGAACAAAGAUGAGUAAGAUGGCAAAUAAACGUUUGGUUUUAAAACGAAGAAUUUAAUAUUCAGGUUCAUUCAUGGGAGAUAGAUCAGCGACAAGAAAACCGGUCUUGAGCUUGCUCACUCUUUCAAAAUGGGCUUUAUUUCCUUGAACUGUAGGGCGGACUACACCUUAGAGUACUGUUGUUUUUCUAAUAUGAAAAUGGUAAAACAGUUUGUUUUGAAGUCUCUCAGUAAUAUUUGAAAUGCUAUAUAUCUGGUUUCAAACAGACAGAAGAACACUAAAGAUCAAGAGAAGAAGAAUUACUUACCAGAAAGAAGAAUUUCUAGAAAGUAAUAAUGUUUGCCAGUCCUGGAAAGUAAGCUCUCAAACACAUUAGCAUGAGUUAUUCUAUUCAUUUUCAAGUUUCAAUAAUUUUUGUAUUAGACAUUCAAGAAGAAAUCCUCCCUCAUCUCAACUUUGGCAGUUUUACAAAGGUAAAAUUAGCUUAAACCAAUAGAAGGACUGUAAGUAGAACGCACAGAUGUAGAAAGCAGCUAUCAGAAGCUCUCUUGGGCUUCUGAAGGUAACCUCGUAAGCUUUGGCUUCACAGGCACAGCCACAAUGCAGCAGAGUCUUAGACACCCAGGCAAGCCAGAACCGGGAAGGUCAAAGGGGGAUUCGGAGCAGGGAGUUCUGUGGGGUAGGCUGGAGAAGCAGCACAGAAUCCUCUGGCAGCUGUAGCAUGAGUGAUGUGUCAGCGAUCGUAAUUUGUAGCCAUCUUUAAUGUGGUACUUGCAAGCAUGACAGACUUAGUUGUUUCAUCCUUUCCUCACAUAUUGCUGCCAUGAUGUUUUGGACUUCUCCAAUGAAAUACUUCUACCUGGCUUUUUUUAAAGCAAGUAUUUAUUUUUAUUUAUUUGAAGAUUUUUCUAUAGUACUUAGCAUAGUAUUAUUUAGUACUGGCAUUCUUCCAGGACUUGAAAAAAAGACUUCACGUGAUGACAAAACAGAAAAACACAUACCCAAAAGACUCCAAAUGCCAACCUUUCUGGGCCAAAUGCCACCGCUUACCUGAAAGUACUUAAUGAGGAAGUCAUUUGCAGAGCUAGCUUGGGUUCUUGUGGAGUUUUCAGAUAAAUACCACCCAAACAGGCAUCCUCAGAAGCCACUGAGCAGAAAGGCAAAUGACUGAAUAGAAACAUGGUUCAAACCACUGCUCUGCUACUACAGGAAGUUUCUUCAGCUAGAUAAGUUUGCACUGCCACCUAGCUUUGGUGAAAUAGUACAAUCCAGGGAAGAAAGUGUUACUUUGCUUCCCAGUACAACUGGAGAAUGUACAGCUUCUUCAAUAACUGAAUUUAUUGACAGCAGUAUGCAAUAUGGCCUUUCUUGCUGUGCCUUUGAUGUCUUUCUGAACUGCAGGGAGAAAUGAAUGUAAUAUGUAUAUACACUUUGAAUCUGCACCUCAUAUGGAAUUAGCCUGAGACUCUGAAGUGAUACAGAGUGCCUUCAACAAGUACUGUUGUUAAGUAUUUGGUGCCAUAAAAGCUGUAUUGUCCACAGAUUCUAAAGGUAUUGGGGACCAUUUUGUAAUUUCUUUUGACUUUGAUGCCAAAAAUGUGGAUCACUCCAAAGUAAAUUUUCUCUCUAAAAUCUUCUGCAAAGGACAAAUGAAUGUGCAUAUAUUUUUUUUUAAAAAUCAAAAUAAAGUAUGUGCAAGAAAAUAUUUCAUUCUUCAAGUCAAUGAAAAUAUACACAAAAUGCUUACCUUCCAAAGGGCUUUAGUGAACUUUUGCACUUUAACCAAAAUAUCUUUGAACAGAAAUUAGAUUGAUAUUACAGCAUAUUGUGAAAAACAUACCUCAAAUACUGGAAAAAGUAUUAACAUUCUUUUUUAGUACAAACAAUGCAAAGAAGUGAAACUAAAGCAUUUUAUUUAUCUUUGAAAUUGUUUACCUAUAUCAGUACAUGUGAUAAUGUUGCCUUAGAAAUGGUAUACUUCCUAUUCAGAUUUUAUUAAAAUGUAAAUUUUGGUGGCCCGUUCUUAGGAUAUGAAGCAAAAUUCAAUUAACUUUUAUAAACCAGGCUGACAAAAAUUGAAUGUACUAUGUCCUGGUGGUGGCAAGGUUGUAAAGUCCCACUCAAUUUCAUUUUAUUAAAAAGAACCCCAACAAGUUAAGCACAUGGAUGCUAUUUCUUCUGCAAGUUCAAGUGCUUUGUUAAUUUUCAGUUAUGUAAUAAAAACAGUUAAAUCUACAAAAUGUAGCUAUAAUUUCCUUCUUAGAGAACUUUAAGAAGUUCAGUUUGAAUUGUCUUAACAUGUUAAAAAUACUCAAUGUGAUAUAGUAUCAGUUAUAGUAAUUUAACUGGAGACUACUCACUGCGACUCAAACAGGUAUAAACUGAAAUGAGAGGUUCCAACAGGACAUAAAGAAAAACAUUUUCCUCACAAGGCCACCCAGCCAUCGGACAGGGGUGCAGAGAGGUUGCGUUGUCUCCAUCCUUGGAGGUUUCAAGGCUGGACUGGAUGAAGCGCCGAGCAACCAGAUCUGAUCUCGUGGCUGGACCUGCUCCGAGCAGGAGGUUGGGCUAGGGCCCCUUCCAGCCCCAAGGAUGCUGUGACUCUGAUCCUGCUCUGCAGCCACUAACUCCAGUGCAAAGAGCAGAACUACCUACAAGAUUCCUAUAAUAAUUGCCCGCGAAGCAGGCAUUUGAUUGUCUAGGAAUUUGGCCUUUACUGCUGGCCAGCUUUGAGCGCAGAAACUGCGUGACAUUUUCAACAAGUAACGGCUUGUCCUUAGGAGACAAAUAAUCACCUGCAGUGCUUUAGGGGCAGUACUUUGUCUUGCGUAUUUAUUGCAGGUAAGAAUUUUUAGCAAGUGGUAUUUAGAAUCAAAUAAAAUAUAGUAGGUAUAGAUCCCAUGUAAAGGCUUAGGGCCUUGAUUUAACAAAAUCUUAAAAGUUCUGGAUUUCACAUUCUACUCGACUGCUUACUGAAGAAAGAACUUAAAGCAACUCAUUCUAGCUAUGAGAGAAUGCAGCUUUCUUACCGUUACUUGUCAGCCACCUUCCAAACGAUUCAUAGAGAAGCGAACAGGAAAAUGUUCAUUAUCCUUGUAGUCCUGCAGACGGACAAACUUGUCGUUCUGCUACUUCUCAUCAUCUCAAAGCAAGCCAGUUUCCAGAAAGAAUAUAGUCUUAAUUUGCUGUCUUCUCAAAUAAUUGUAUUAAAUGUUAAAUAAAGUUACAAACAAAAACUCUAAACACUGAUAAAAAUAAGGAAAUUAUAAAAAUUUAAGUCAACUCUAUUUAUCAUAACUUUAUUCUCAGCAACAACAAAACCUAUGCUGAAUAUUGUUUCAGUUCUAGGAUAGAUAAAAUAUUUUUAAAUACUUAUUUUGUACAAAGAGUAGUCUUUAAAAUACAUUUCAACCAAAAAGAGCUGUAUAAGACAUCAGUAUAUUCUAUAUUACUGUUUGACUAGAAACAAUUUGAAAGCACAUACAUUAAGGCAACAUUAAACAUGAUACUAGAAAUGGAAGUACUUGAUUAAAAAAAAAAAAAUCUGUAUUUUGCACCAUUCUUCAGCAUAAGGUGGUACCAUACCUCCACUCACCAGGUCUAUUUGAAAUGAGUUACCUGACAACAUGGAUAGCAGCAGCACACUUAAAAGUAUCUCAUACUGUAUUUAUUGCAAAAGCUAGAAUAAUUUUAAAGAAAAAAAAAUUUUCUUCUGACAGACGCUUCUCAAACCCUAAAUUUAUACGAGACCAAUAUAAUCAGUUUUCAUUUUUUCUUGCUAA